GACUGCCUGCCACGGAGCGCUGAGCCGCCUCCCUCCUCUCUGGUCGACUCUCACCGCAGCGGAGGAUCUCCAGCUGGAAACGUCACUGCUAAACACAAACUCCAGGCCACACCUUUGGCACGGCCGACUGAACACGUUGGACCAGUGAUGACUCCCAGAGGGUGUGUCCUGCUGCCUCGCUGUGAAAGGGUUCAGUGUUCACCUCCUCCUCCUCUUCCUCCUCCUCGUCUUCCUCCCUCUCUGGGGUUUUCUGGAGCCAAACAGGAGAGGAGCCACAGCAGCACCGGCCGGACUGGGAGCCUGAAGCAGAUUCCCUGCAGAGCGCCGGAGUCUUGGAGGUUGAACCUGGGAGUUAGCACCGCUGGGAAACGCCGUCGCCAUGGGGGACGUGGUUUCCUCUCACCUGGACGAGAGCAGGCGGGAGAUGAUUACAGCUCAGACCAGAGAUGUGAUGACGCAGUUUGGCGAUCUGUACGAGAAGCAGUACGCCGUCGCUCUCUUCAACGUCGUUCGCUUCGAGAUAGAAGGAGGAGGCGGCGCGCAGUCGCAGCUGCUGCACCGAAAGGACCCUCUGGCGGGUCACACCAUCUUCUCCGGGAGUUUGUUCCAGUAUCUGGAGGAGAACCGGAAGUGGAGGAACCGUUUCGUCUUCAUCCCAAACAGCUAUGCCAUCAACCUCUAUGAGAGCAAAGCGGCCCACGACCGAAUGCUGCAUCCAAAGAUUUCCAUCAACUGUGCCGGGUACAAGGCCCUGACCUCCAUGGAGGAGUACAUGGAGCUGCUCAACAGCAGCCUGCCAGAAAUCAAGGCCAAACCGAGCAACGCUCCCUUCAUCAAGUGUCCGACCCAGUUCCCGCUGAUCCUGUGGCACCCGUACGCCCGCCACUACUACUUCUGCGUGGUGACGGAGAAGGAGCAGAAGAAGUGGCACGCCGUGCUGCAGGACUGCGUCAGACACAGCAACAACGCUCUGUCAGAGGAAAACACGGUCCAGACUCCGGCCUUCACCGACUCUGUGAGGCGCUACAGACAGGUCAAAGGUCACUACGGCACCUGGGAGAUGAUGAGCGGAUCACCGCCUCAGAUCCUGGCUAACCUGGUUCUGGAGACCCUGCAGCCUGAGCUCAGAAAUGCGAUUGGCCCUCGGCUGAAGGGGAAGCUGCAGGACAGACAGAGGAAGUGGAUGUUGAUCUCUGACGCCGUGUACCGGCAGGUUUUGACCCAGACCAACGGCCAGUACGCCGCCCUAGUGGACGCCUGUGAGGCCCAGAAACCUUCGCUGGAUGCCAGACUGCGCGGCGACAUGGACAUGCUGGUCACGACCAAAGAACACGUCAUCGGCAAGAUCAGAGCCCUGGUGAUGCCGAAAGCCGAGCAGCUCCUGCGCAGCAGCAUCCAGCCGUACCUGGGCUCCAUCCUGGAGGCCCUGAUGGAGCCCACCAGCCGUGGCUUCGCCGAGGUCCGGGACACUUUCUUCAAGGAGGUGGUGGAGAUCAGCAAGAACUCGCUCAACGGCGGCGGCCAAGACAAGCUGGGAGAGCAGCUGGAGCGGCUGUCCAUGCUGGCCUUCCACCCGGUGAAGAUGCAGAGCGGCUACCAGCAGAUGCAGCAGCUGAACCUGGAGGGGCUGCAGCAGAGGUUCGACGUCUCCAGCCCCAACGUGUUCGUCAGCAGAGCCCAGAUCCUCAUGAGGGAGCAAAUGGACAACGCGGUGUUCACGUUUGAGCAGCUGCUCCACCAGGCUCUGGAGGCGCAGGGCGAGGAGGACCUCUGCAAAAACAUCCAGAAGUGUCAGGACAGAGUUAUCAAGAAAUACGACUACGACAGCAGCACGGUGCGGAAGAAGUUCUUCAGAGAGGCUCUGCUGCAGAUCAUCAUCCCCUACAUGCUGCAGCAGCUYGCCCCCUCCUGCACACCAGAGCUGCCUCGSUUYCAGGAGCUGAUCUUUGAGGACUUGUCCCACUUCCUGCUGGUGGAGAACAUGUACGAAGAGGUCGUCCUGCAGUCCGUCUCCAAGGACAUCAUGAUGGCGGUGAAAGAGGCGGCGGUGCAGCGGAGACACAACCUGUACAGAGACAGCAUCGUUCUGACCAACAGCGACCCCAACCUGCACCUCCUGGAGGAAACCCCGUCGGUGGACUGGGGCGCCAAGUUCGGAUCAGACAGUGUGGAUGGCGACAAAGAAAAGGGAUUCAGAGGUAGACGUAAGCAGGUGGUCUCCAUGAUCCAGCUGGAGGGGCUGCCCAUCCCAUACGAGUCCUGCCUCGAGGUCCCCGGGGUGGAACUCAUUCCCGAGGAGGACGGGGACGUUGCCGAGGACAACCGGGAGGAAAACGAGGAGAACCCGGGUCCGUCCGAGGRUCCGAAGUCUCCUGACAGCGUGAACCAAAUCAGAGACCUGAUCAACCCGGUGGUGGAGGUGGUUCUGCCGGGUCCAGAGGAGGACGCCACCACCGGGACGGAGACCACCAACGGCACCAUCACCAUGGAGGACGGGCUGCAGGAGGAAGUGACGCACGUCACCACCAUCGUGGGCGACAGCCUCAGCAAGUCCAAGUCCAUCAUGGAGGAGCUGAUGGGCAGCAGRAAGCAGAAGGAGCUGCAGGACGAAGCGGCCAUCCAGAGAGCCAUCGAGGAGAUGGAGAUGGCUGUGCAGGAGGAGGACAGCGAACAGGCGAGCGAACAGGAAGCGAGCGAACAGGAAGCGAGCGAACAGGAAGCGAGCGAACACGCGGCAGACGCCUCCGACACGGAGUCUCAGCCACUAGCGACGGACUGCGGCUCGCGUAACGACGACAGCGGCUUCCAGUCCCCGACUAAUGAGGCCGAGGCCGAAACGAUCACCAACGGUUCGGACCAAACGGCCGACCCGGUGGACGUGGAACUGCUGCUAGCAUAGAAAACUGUAAAAACCCAAAACAUGAUGAGAGAAUAUAGAUUUAUUUAUUAAUGCRUUUGUCAGACAUUUAACCAAAAACAAUCGUUAGAAGUACAGAACAUUAAAUUCGUACUUGAGUGAAGUUUGGCUCCUCCCACUUUCUACAAAUCUAACAAUAUUGGUGUCAAUGUUUGUGCAGCAAAAUGUUUUGUUUGUGCCGCUAUCAUUGUAAAGUUAUUAAUGUUUCCAGAGGUCAUAAAAGGUCAAUCAGCCCCCACCUUCUUCAAAUCAGACAAAAUCGGUGUCGAUUAACUCGACUACAUUUGCUCCAGCAUGUGCAGCAAAAACUUUAGUUUGUGCUGCUUUUGUUUUGAAGAUAUUAUUGAAAGUUUAAAGGCCAAUCAGACCCCCCAUGUUACCCAAAUCUAAGGGAAUUGAUGUUGAAUGUUUGUGCUACGUUUGUGCYGCUGUAAUCUUAAAGAUAUUAAUAGAAGACUCUCCAGAGGUCAACUACUCCCUCACUUGUAUUUACAAAAAUCAAAACAAAUCUGGUGUCAAACAACUCGGAUACAUUUGUGCUGCUUUAGUUUGAUAUUAUUGAAAAUGUAAAGGUCAGUCGAGCCGCCCCUUUUUACCCAAAUCUAACAAAAUUGGUGUCAAAUGUUUGUGCUACGUUUGUGCA